GCCGAGGUGAGCUAGCGUCUCUGUGGAGCCUGGGAGCUGUUGCUGCAGCGGCGUUGGCGGCGACAGCAAUGAAGCCGCCUCGGACUCCCCCUCGGUAGUCUCUCUGGGUCCUGGGAGGGAAGGGUCGGGCCUCGUCGUCAUUGGGCCGCGGUGAUUAGUUUGCCCGGCCAAAGAGCUACCGAGUCCGCGGAAAGAGGAGGAGCCCCGGGGGCCAGCCCGCAAGGAACCGCCCCCGGGACCGUCCUGGGAUCUCGCGGCAGCCUCAGCCCGGUCCAAGGGCCGUGGCGCCAGGCCCCUCCCUGGGUAGGGCGCCGGGUCCCGCCGGUUGGUGUCUGGGACAGCGCCUGCGCCCAGGUGCCAGCCCGUGGGAAGUUGACCCCAGGCGGCGGGACGACCAGAGCCCCUUCCGGUCCGGUCAGGCGGGCGUUUCCGGCCGGAAGGCGCUCGGUCUGGAAGGGGACUGAAAGGAAGUCCCGCCUCUGCCGCGGACAUCGCCACGCACUGGGCCUGGUCCUGCCGGGGAGGGCAGGUGAGGGCCUCGGUGUGCCGCGACCCCGUUUUCGACCGUGCGAGGUGCCCGGGGUUGGGGCACAAGAUCUGAUUCCGGAGCUGCCAUGAUUGAAGUGGUAGCAGAGCUGAGCCGAGGUCCUGUGUUUCUGGCGGGGGAGGCGCUGGAGUGUGUAGUGACGGUCACCAACCCCCUGCCCCCCACGGCCACUUCUGCAUCCAGUGAGGCUCUGGCCUGGGCCAGUGCCCAAAUCCACUGCCAGUUCCAUGCGAGUGAGAGUCGAGUAGCACUACCUCCCCCUGACUCCAGUCAGCCAGACGUCCAGCCGGAGAGCCAGACUGUCUUUCUACCGCACCGAGGUGAGAGAGGUCAGUGUAUCCUUUCCACUCCACCAAAAAUCCUUUUCUGUGAUCUGAGGCUAGACCCUGGAGAGUCCAAAUCAUACUCCUACAGUGAAGUGCUGCCCAUAGAGGGACCACCGUCCUUUCGGGGUCAGUCAGUCAAGUAUGUCUACAAACUGACCAUUGGCUGCCAGCGUGUCAACUCACCCAUCACUUUACUCAGGGUUCCUCUGAGGGUUCUUGUGCUGACAGGCCUUCAAGAUGUCCGGUUUCCCCAGGAUGAGGCUGUAGCCCCAUCUAGUCCAUUCUUGGAGGAGGAUGAAGGUGGGAAGAAGGAUUCAUGGCUAGCUGAGCUGGCUGGGGAGCGUCUCAUGGCUGCCACAUCCUGCCGCAGCCUCCAUCUAUACAAUAUCAGUGAUGGCCGAGGAAAAGUUGGGACAUUUGGCAUCUUCAAAUCUGUAUACAGACUCGGCGAGGAUGUGGUGGGGACCUUAAACUUAGGGGAAGGAACUGUAGCUUGUUUGCAGUUUUCAGUAAGCUUACAGACUGAGGAACGUGUACAGCCCGAGUACCAGAGGCGCCGCAGGACGGGGGGUGUCCCCUCUGUGUCUCAUGUGACUCAUGCCCGGCACCAGGAGUCCUGCCUGCAUACAACCAGAACCAGCUUCUCUCUCCCCAUCCCUCUCAGCUCCACCCCAGGCUUCUGCACAGCCGUUGUGUCCCUGAAGUGGCGAUUGCAUUUUGAAUUUGUAACAUCGCGAGAACCAGGUUUGGUGCUCCUACCUCCCUUGGAACAGCCCGAGCCUGUCACCUGGACUGGGCCUGAGCAAGUGCCUGUAGACACCUUCAGCUGGGACCUCCCCAUCAAGGUGCUGCCCACAAGCCCUACCCUGGCCUCAUACGCAGCCCCAGGCCCCAGCACCAGCACCAUAACCAUCUGAAACUGGCUCACCGUGACACUGUCUUUCUUCAGGAUACUAAGAACUCAGCAUCUGGACUCUAGUAGGGCCCAUUUUCCCCACGCGGGGUCCAAUGGCACGGACAGUGAGAGGCAGGCUUUCAGCUGUAGCAUUAAUUUAUUUAUUCAGAAUAAAUUGGCAGCUGCUAGUGGUUUCCCUGGAAGUGGCAGCAGCAGUGGGCAGUCAGCAGAAGGGUGAUCAGUUGAGUUUAGCUGGAGUGGGGAGCAGGAGCCCCAGGAGCAGGGGUAUUAGCUGAGCCCCAUUCUGGGUCGGGCCCUCCGCCUUUGCAGGGCAGCCGAGGGUCAGAUUUUUGCACCAGGGAGAACUGGCAGGUUCCUGCCUCCUGACGUACCUCACAGCCCGCAGGAAAGUCGAUGGGAUGCUGGGACCUGGGGAACCAAAGGAUGGGAAAGGAGUCAGCACAGCGAAGGGCCACCUUUAUCCCUGCCCCACACUUGCUCUCUGCCAGCAUUCCUCCCCUAUCUUUAGUGCCCUCUUGGUCCCCCUAACUAAGCUCUCGCCUACCAG